AACCUUGUCAAUUUGCAUAUGUUAUUGGAAAGAAAAAAAAAUGGCGACGGGACCACGACCUUGGCUUAUAACGUUCUGUAUAACGUUAAUCUACGUCAAAAGAACGUGUCCUAAAAUAGUAGAAGGAACUAUAGACACGAAAGAAGAUUGGAGUUUUUUGACGAGAUUUUGUUACAAAGAUUCAAUUGGAGAAAUUAGAUAUCGUUUUGCGUACCCAGAGUCUUAUGCUACACAGAAUAUUUUUCUUUACUUCGACACUCAGUGGCCUAGAGUGUACCCUAAACCUGAAAUGUCUUGUUUAGAUAAAGAAGACAAGGUGUACAGAGGGAAUAACCAAGUUAUAAACCUUACAACCAGUUAUGUGUGGUCUGGAUGUAAAAAGAAUGAUUUGGAUAAUGAAUCUUACUUAGAGUGCACUGGAGAUAGGCGUUUUGUAUCUUCUCGUGAGAGAUGGUGGUAUUUAGCUGUAAGCAACUGCAAGUCUACUAAGGGACUGCUGUUGAAGUACAGAUUAGAAAUGACAAAUGGAGAUACGUUUUGGAAAAAGCAUUUCUCUGCAGACGAAAGAUUCAUUCUUCCAAUGGACAUAGCAUUUUUUAUUAUAUUUACCAGUUUGUGGUUUCUUGGCAUCUAUGUAGCAUGUCAACUAACUUCUCGAAGAUUAUUUCACUUUUCAUACAAAUUAUAUUUGUGUUCCCUGACAUUUGAAGUGCUUAGCUUGAUAUUCUACCUAAUAUAUUACAUUGAGUAUGGAAAAAAAGGAAUUGAAAAAUAUGGAAUUUCAGUAGUAGGGCGUGCCUUUCAUUUCACUUCUCAUGUUGUAUUCUUAAUAAUGCUUAUUUUGAUGGCCAAAGGAUGGACAGUGACAAGAGGACGUAUCAGUUCUUCUGGUCAGAUCAAGCUCAGUAUCUUUGGCACAGUGUACACAGUGUGUUUUGCCAUCCUUUUCUUCUAUGAAGUUGCUGUGUUUGAUCCUGGCAAGGUCCUUUACAUCUAUGAGAGCCCUGCUGGUAUUGGAAUCUGUGUUCUGAGAGUCAUAGCUUGGUUGUGGUUCUGUUAUGGGACUUUCUUUACACUGAAGCACUAUCCAAACAAAAGCAAUUUUUAUUACCCAUUCUGGAUAAUCUACACAGGAUGGUUCCUUGCUGGGCCAAUCAUGGUUGUUAUUUCAGCGUAUAGAAUACAAAAAUGGGAAAGAGCUCAAAUUGUUAACGGAAUUGAUUGGUGCAUCUCUAUUCUGGCACAUGGUGUUUUCUUGGUCAUUACCAGACCUAAUGCAGCAAAUUCCAAUUUCCCAUUUCACCUAAGAACCAAUCAGAUUGGCAUUCAAGAAGCUGCUCCCUCCAGACCUUCAGAGAAUGGAAUUGCAUACUACACUCCUCCCCUGCCAACUGCACCCCCUCCUUACUACUCUCAGCAACCAGGUCGCUUCACAGACAUCACAUCAAUGUUUUCGGUUGGUGGAGGGGCCAAUGGCAAGCUGCCAUAUCCACCUGCAAAUUCUUCGAAUGGUUUGCAGAAUCCUUAUCCACCCAUGAAUGGAACACAAAAUGGUGAAAUGAAUGGAAUACCAAUGAUGACGACAAGCCCCAACUGAUCAGUGUCUGCUCAUCAUAGACUGAAUAUUGUAGAUUUGUCUUGUAUAAAAUUGUUUUUCUAUGACUUUCUAAUAUUCAUACUUAGUGUUUUAGACUCAUACAUGUGCCUAGUCAUUCAUGACACAUGCCAAGAAUUUAAAAACUGUUUUGCUUUGUUAUUUGUUGUUUGUAAGUGAAAUGUUGUCUGUAAGUUAAAUGUUGUUUGUUUAUAUGAUGAUUUAUUUUUUAUGCUUAUUUUUUUCCCUACAAGUAAACUAUGUUUAGUUAAUCUUUUGUAAAUUUGCAGUGGAAGCUUUUGUGGCAAGUACUCUUACAACUUGGUGGCUUUUCCCACAUGUAGAACCAUUUUCACUACACUUUGAACUACCAUUACAACUCUUUAUUUGCACACUUUCUUGAAAAGAACCCACUAAUAAGCAGAAGUAGGCCUUCCCAGAAGUUAAAAACUGGUUU